AUGUCUCGUACCGUACAUCAUUUCUCCGUUCCCAUCUCCCUCUCUCCCUCUUCCUCUCUCCCUCUCUCUUCCUCUCUCCCUCUCUCCCUUUCUCCCUCUACCCCUCUCCCUCUCUCCCUCACCCCCUCUCUCCCUCUCCCUCUCUCGUCCGCUCGCCCUCUGCAGGCCAUGCUAGUAGUGGCAGACGCCAAGGCCAUGCUAGUAGUGGCGGGGCGGGGCAGAUACCAAGGUGUCUCUCACAAUAAACAGCACCCAAGCAUGUACCCGAUUUCACCUCUCUUCCUCUCCAUCCCUCUGUUUUCCCCUAUCUCGCCCUCUCGCCCUCUACAGGCCAUGCUAGUAGUGGCAGAUGCCAAGGUGUCGCUCACCAUCACCGGCAAUGGUGAUGUGUUGGAGCCACAUGAUGGGAUUAUCGGCAUCGGUUCUGGAGGGCCCUAUGCGUUGGCAGCAGCACGGGCAUUGGCCGACAUCCCUGACUUGACGGCUGAAGCCAUAGGGGUGCAAGGGGAUGGGAUUGCAUUGGCAGACGUCCCUGACCUGACUGUGCGUGGCAUGGGGUUGGGAUGGGAUGGCAUGGGAUGGCUUGUUAGGAUGGCUUGUAGAAGUGGCAUGGGGUGGAUGGGACUGCAUUAG